CAGGAGCACUAUGGUGGGCUGAAUGGGCUCACCAUCGCCUGGAUCGGGGACGGAAAUAAUGUUGUCCACUCCAUCAUGACGAGUGCUGCAAAGCUGGGAAUGCAUCUGCGUAUUGCAGCUCCCAAGGGCUUUGAACCGGACCUCAGAAUAACUAAAAUAACUGAACAGUACUCCAAAGAGUAUGGUACCAAGUUACUUCUCACAACAGAUCCUUUGGAAGCUGCAGACGGUGCCAAUGUCUUAGUUACAGAUACAUGGAUAAGUAUGGGACAAGAAGAGGAAAAGAAAGAAAAACUAAAGGCAUUUCAAGGCUAUCAGAUUACAAUGCAGACUGCAAAAUCUGCUGCUUCCAACUGGACUUUUUUACAUUGUUUACCCAGAAAACCUGAAGAAGUAGAUGAUGAAGUAUUUUAUUCUCCACGAUCAUUGGUUUUCCAGGAGGCUGAAAACAGAAAAUGGACAAUUAUGGCUGUCAUGGUUUCCCUGCUGACAGAUUACUCACCACGGUUACAAAAGCCGACAUUUUGAUGCUUGGAUUCCUGCCAAGAGAAAAAUAUUCCUCAUCGGCAGAAUAUUCUGGUCUGCAAAUACAUAGAUCUUCUUCAGAAAGGAUCAAGGCAAUGACUGAUUCUUUAAUAAAACAGUA